AUGGCGGAUCCGGAAGGAGAGUCCCUAGAAUCAUGGCUAAACAAGGCCACCAACCCCUCCAACAGACAAGAAGACUGGGAGUAUAUAAUGGGAUUCUGUGAUCAAAUAAACAAAGAACUUGAAGGGCCACAGAUCUCUGUGAGGUUAUUAGCACACAAAAUUCAAUCUCCUCAGGAAUGGGAGGCAAUACAAGCAUUGACUGUUUUAGAAGCUUGCAUGAAGAAUUGUGGGAAAAGGUUCCAUAAUGAAGUUGGCAAAUUUAGGUUUUUAAAUGAGUUAAUAAAAGUGGUUUCACCAAAGUAUUUAGGGGACAGAGUAUCGGAACAGGUGAAGACGAAAGUUAUUGAAAUGCUGUACAGUUGGUCUGUUGCUCUACCAGAUGAAGCAAAAAUAAGUGAGGCCUACCAAAUGCUUAAGCGGCAAGGUAUUGUUACAGUAGACCCUGAUGUUCCUGUGGACAACACAUUGAUCCCCUCACCUCCGUCGAGGCCGAAGAAUCCAGUAUUUGAAAAUGAGGAGAAGAGUAAGCGACUAUCAGAGCUUCUGAAGAGUAAGAAGCCAGAAGACUUGCAAGAGGCCAACCGGCUCAUCAAGAACAUGGUCAAGGAGGACGAAGUCCGAAUACAAAAAGCCUCUAAACGCACCAAUACGCUGGCGGAGGUUAAUAACAGUGUGAAGCUUCUGUAUGAGAUGCUUAGUCAUUUCAAUCAAGACGAGUCCUCUCAGGCAGACAAGGAGCUCAUCAAGGAGCUGCAUGAUGAGUGUGAUAAACUCAGGCGUGAAGUUUUUAAAUUGGCCACAGAAACAGAAGACAACGACAACAGUUUAGGGGAAAUCUUGCAGGCUAGUGACGAUCUCUCACGUGUCAUCAACUCUUAUAAAGAGAUUGUGGAAGGGCAGACCAUUAAUGGCGAUACCCCUGGAUCAUCGAUGUCAGAGCGAACAACUGAUGGCAGCAGCUCUGAGAUUCUGAUUGAUCUGGCGGGCUUGGACGUCCACAGCCCGGCCCCACUGGAGCAGGCCCCGGCCCCGGCCCCUCCCCCCGGCUCCUUUGAAGGCCUCCCCCCAGACCUGCUCAUGCCCUCCGCUGUCCCGUGCGCGCUUCCACCGUUUUUCAGCCAGCCUUCUGGGCAGCAGUGCAGCUCUGCUGCUGGAGGACACGGCAUGAGCAAUCCAGCUGUUCAGCCUUCCACCUCUCUCUCCUUACUGGAUGAAGAACUCCUCUCAUUAGGCCUUAGCGAUCCAGUUGGCAGUCUAAACAUUCAAACUGAAGAAAAACCAAAAGACGAUGACUUGAACAAUCAAUGGACAAAUCCACAGAAUCCUGCUUCUCUGUUGGACCUCUUGGGAAGUUCCCCUCCCUCAGACCCGAUGCUCCCUCUUCAGUCUUCAGAUUCUACCUCAACAAAUCCUCCUGCGCUUUCUUUCCCAGAAGUCUCGGCGGCGGCGGCGGCGGCUCCUUUUCCUUUCCCCAGCGCGACUCAGUCAGUGUCUGUCUCUCUCAACCAAGGCCUGCAGGAUCUGGCCAUGCUUGACCUGGGAAGUCCAAGCAGGUUUGAUGUCUCUACGUCUGAUUCUACAUACAGUUUGUCUGGGCUGGGCAGCUCGGGCUCCCAGUUUGGGAUGGGAGAGGCUGCCGCGCCACUGUUGGUCUCCCCCUUCUCCGCUCCCAUGCCCGGUCCUGCCCUUGGCUCCGUGCCCGCCCCUGGCGCUACCUCCUUUGUUCAGAGCCAGGCGGCAGGCACGGCUCCAGGAAGCUCCCAUUUCCGGCCUCUGUCACCCAUCCUCCCCAUGAGCCAGGAGAGCCCUGCCAGGGGCGAGGAAAUCUCCCUGACUAAUGUCUUUGUCCCCCUGGACUCCAUCAAGCCCAGCAAAGCGUGCCCCGUGACGGCCUACGAUAAGGACGGCGUGCGCGUUCUCCUGCACUUCGCCAGCGAGUGCCCCCCGGGCCGGCCGGACGUGCUGGUCAUCGUGGUGUCCAUGCUGAACACGGCGCCGCUGCCAGUCAGCUGUGUGGUCCUGCAGGCUGCUGUGCCUAAGUCAAUGAAGGUCAAACUCCAGCCGCCCUCGGGGACGGACUUGCCUCCCUUCAACCCAAUCCUCCCCCCUGGAGCCAUCACACAAGUCAUGCUGCUGGCCAACCCGCUCAAGGAGAAAGUAAGGAUGCGCUACAAGCUGACAUUUACCUUAGGAGAUCAGCCCCACACAGAGGCAGGAGAGGUGGACCAGUUCCCACCGGCAGAGAGGUGGGGGACCCUAUAGCUCUCCCCUCCUCCUGGACUCAACGGCCGCACAGUGAAACACUCGCGUCUGAUGAAGAGCAAUGAAGUCUCCGGUCACGUUUGUCCCCCCAAGUUUUUAUGAAUGUCUCAUGAUCUUAGACCAUAAAGUGCUAUUAGCAACCAACAUGUCAUCAGAAAUUGUGAUCUUGGUGUGGCGUAAUGUUGGGGUGUGACCUCUAGAGGUCACCUCCUUUUGUUAGGUCGUGUCAAGCCAUACUCCUCUUGCCUGGCUGUGUAGAGGUGCAGGACGUGUCAUCCAUGCUUAAACAGAUAAGCAUUUAUCCACAGUGCCACUCCGGGCGACGGUACUUUUGGUCAAGAGGACUAAGAGUGCAGUUAAAUCACAUGUCGGGCAACUUGUGGUACCUGCAGCUGUUAAGACAGGCAGCAAAUACUGUCCAUUGAAGUUGCUGGCUGGGGACUAUUAUGGCUUUGUAAUGGACAAGACUGGGCCUCUACCUACCUACCAUGUACACCUUUGUAGUACCUCAUCUUCUGGAAGAUCCAUUGUCCUCAAGGAUAACAUUGAAGGUCAUCAAACUACACAUUUUUUAUUUUUAUUUAUUUAAAAAUGUUUAGUUGCUGUCAGUGUUUGAAUGGCUGUUCAUUACCUACUAUAUGUGUACCUUCAUAUUUAUUUUGGCACUUUUGUUGACGUCAUUGCAGUGUUGGGUAUAUUUAAAUGCAUUGUUUACCUUGUACUGUGAUUCUGUAUACAUAGGGGGUAACACGGCGUAGCCUUAUCAUAUAGGAAAGGAAGCCUGUUUUCUGUUACUGAUCAUACUAAUGCAGCAGUGAAUAAUAAUUGCUUAGGGGUAUUUGUGGUCAUUGUAAUGGUUUAUUAUAUUUCCUUUCAUUGUGACACCAAUAAUACACAUUUGUUAUUAACAAGAACAUAAUUUGGACCAAUAUAAUUUACAUUGUAGUGUGUGUGUGUAUCAAAGACAUCCUCUGCAUUUGCUAACACGUGAAUGUGAAUUUGGUCCUCAUAGUUGCAUCUCAUUUUGGCAUCAUCUUCUGUUUGGGCUGUACUGGCAUGUUUGUUUUUCUUUCUUACAUGUUGGACGGUCAUUGUGUGGAAUUAUGUUUUGGUUAACAAGCACACUUACCUUCGCAACCCUAGGUAGCCAAAUGUGGUACUCACAUUUAUACUAUGCUGUAGUCUGUAGGUUUGCAAUUUCUUCAUUGUAUGCCUACAGAUGUUUUUUUUUUUUUUUUUUUUACGUUCAAGACACUUCUGGCUCCUUACAGAAGCCCCAAAUUGUAUGGUUUUAUGACUUUCCUCAAUGUCAUACUGUUUCUUUCAAGACAUUAUCAAUGCAUUUAAUGCUAAUUAAAUGUGUGGUUCUUAACUAAUCUAAAGAUGUAAAUAGGUAGAUGGAGAAUUACUGCAUGACAGAUUAAAGUAUCAAAAUCAGUCAUGUCAUUUUGUUG